AUGGCGACACCACUAGCAAUACUCGCAAGCAUUCAAAAGAAAGUGUGGGCGGGGAGUCUACCGCUCGAGAUCAGGCUCGCGAGUGCGGAUUGCAGAAGCAUCGAUGAAGUGGAUCCGUAUUUGAUCUGCAUCCCUCGCCUGUCACACCUGUCUACUCUACUGCCUCGCUUACACGACUUCUUUCUUCCUUACCUUAUCGACCCGUCUGUUUCUUCUCAUACAGCCUGGCUUUCCUUUGAAAACGUGCCGUUGAAGUAUCAUUAUCCUGUUGGAUUACUGCACGAUCUGUUUUCUGGAAAUGCAGCUGCAGCUGCGGAUGCUGAUGAUGAUGAUGAUGAAGUUGGUGCAGAGGCAGGGAAGCCUUGGAGAUUGGUGGUGAGCUAUUCAGAGUUUCCGGCGGAUAUGUUGAUGGGGUUGGAUGCAGAGGGGAGGGUGGUGAGGGAUUGUUAUGUCAAUGCUGUCAAGGAGGCAGACGUGAUACGCAAUGGCAAGGGAAACGUAUACAUGGGUCUAAGCAAAGACGACUCUGAUACGUUAUGGCAAGCAGUACAGGACCACAACCUCACCAAAUUCAACACCAUAAACAACAAACUGCUCAAUCCACCAGGGACGCCUCUUCGAAACAUUCCCAUCAAAAUAUACCUUCCAACCACCACAUCACCGCAACAAAGUUCUGGAGAUGACGAGGGUCAGGUGUCAGGGAUGGUGCAAGCGAGUAUCAGAACAGUACAAGGAUUAAUCGCUCCCUUUUCUGCCACAACGCGCCAAUCAAACACCCUAGGCACAGCCCUGAAUCAUAUCCUGCCCACCGUGUUUCCCAGUAGGCGAAAUCCAGUCUUGGCAGUGCCGGUGUUGCAUGGAGCUGUUGUGCCGAUGAGUGCGCCUGUCGAGGAUUUGAUGCGUGCUGCGGCGUUUGCAGAUGGAUUUUUGCAUGUUGUGGUUGUUAUGCUGUAG